GUUGGAGACGUCGGAGAUUGGCGGGCACCCUCUCCUCCCACCCCCACUCCGAGCGAGCCUGUGCGGGAGGAACAAUUGUGAGUGCAUGGUUUGCGACACUUCGAGUGGCAGUUCCCAGCCAGACUGAGCGCCCCCCAUCCCGCGCACAGCGCAGCUACUCCCUCCUCCGAGUUACUCCCAGCCCGCCUUUCGCAGCCACCCUGGCUCGCUCAGGGUCCGGUUCUGCUCCCAUGGGGCGCCAUUUCCUUCCACCCGGACGGCUGGGGGCAACCCGCGGUCUUCCCCGAAGGCCCCGAGGUCCCACCAGUUCCUAAAGGGCCCAGGGCAGCGACUCCGCUGGGCAGAGGGCGGGGAGAAAUGACUGACUUUUGGAUUGGUGCCUGUGGCCCACGGCGAGCAGCCCCCGCAGCCGCCGCCGUAGCCCCAGGGGAGCGUGGAGGAGGAGCCGCUCCCCCACCGCGAGGCCCACGGAGGUGUGCGGGUCAGGGGCGGUCUCCCCCGCCCCGUCCUUUUCUGCCUUGAUGGUUCAGCCCGCUUCCAGGGCAGCCAUUUCCAGAGAGACCUCCCCCCCACCCCAGGCUACAAAGCCAGGUAUCCAGGUGGGCGGCGGCUCCCGCGCUGCUGAGCCCCCCACGAAAGGAGCAAGCGCCCCGGCGUGGCCCGGCCCCCGCGAGAGGGGAGGAGGCGGAGGAGCGGCGCUAGCAGCUAGAGGAGAGGCGCGCCCCGCCGGGGCUAGAGGCAGGCGCGGAAGGCGGGCGCCACCGUCUCAGCAGGGGAGCGGGGGCUGCCCCGGGCGCGGGUGAGUGGCGCGGCUGCAGGCCACGGGGGACUGAGGCCCCGGACACGAGGAAAACAGCGGGAGAGUCAGGAGGGGGCAGAGUUUCGGCUCCAAUCAUCGCGUGGCGGGCCAGGCGCCGAGCGUGGAGGAGCGAGCAACCUACACCUCCAGGCGGGCGGGAAGCCCAAGGGAGGAGCAGCGUGCGGCGCAGUUGCGGCAGGGCAGCGGGAGCAGCGGGGGCACAAGAGUGGGAAGCCAGGAACCUCGGCCGCAGCCGCCCCCGCGGAGAGGGCGCCACGCCAGAGCACCGCGGAGGCCGGAGGCCGGUGGGGCGCGGGAACAGGGGCGCCCCCGUGCGGAGCUGCCGGGCCGCCUGGGCGCGGCGGCCGGUGCCAUGCUCAAGCCCAAGGACCUGUGCCCUCGAGCGGGCACGCGCACCUUCCUGGAGGCCAUGCAGGCGGGCAAAGUGCACCUGGCCCGCUUCGUGCUGGACGCGCUGGACCGAAGCAUCAUCGACUGCCGCGCGGAGCAGGGCCGCACGCCGCUCAUGGUGGCCGUGGGGUUGCCGGAUCCCACGCUACGCUCGCGCUUCGUGCGGCUGCUGCUGGAGCAGGGCGCGGCCGUGAACCUGCGGGACGAGCGCGGCCGCACGGCGCUCAGCCUGGCGUGCGAGCGCGGCCACCUGGACGCCGUGCAGCUGCUGGUGCAGUUCAGCGGCGACCCCGAGGCGGCCGACUCGGCGGGCAACAGCCCGGUGAUGUGGGCGGCGGCCUGCGGCCACGGGGCGGUGCUCGAGUUCCUAGUGCGCUCCUUCCGCCGCCUCGGCCUGCGCCUCGACCGCACCAACCGCGCGGGCCUGACCGCGCUGCAACUGGCCGCCGCCCGCGGCCACGGAACCUGCGUGCAGGCCCUCACCGGCCCCUGGGGCCGCGCCGCCGCCGCCGCCGCGGCUCGGGGCUCCAACUCCGACAGCCCCCCCGCUCGCCCGGCUCCCGCGCCAAGCCCGGAGCGCCGACGACCGAGCCCCCGCCGCCUGCCGCGGCCUCUCUUGGCGCGCUUUGCGCGAGCGGCCGGCGGCCACGGCCAUGGCGGCGAGGCUGGCUCUGGGGGCAAGAGCUCGGGCCGGCACCGGGCGCAGGGGAGCGAGCGGCCCGAGCUGGGCCGGAGCAUGAGUCUGGCUCUGGGAGCUGUGACGGAGGAGGAGGCGGCUCGCCUGCGGGCGGGAGCCCUGAUGGCCCGACCACACUCUCCCCAGUCGUCGGGGACCGGGCGGUGGCGUUCGCAUGAGGUGCUGGAGGGAGCGCCGCCUCUGACCUUGGCGCAAGCUCCCAUCGGCCUCAGUCCGCAUCCCGAGGGCGGCCCGGGCUCUGGCCGCUUGGGUUUGCGCCGACGCUCCACGGCUCCCGACAUCCCCAGCCUGGUCGGGGAGGCACCGGGGCCCGAGAGCGGCCCGGAGUUAGAGGCCAACGCUGUGCCGCACUCGACGCCUGGGCCCCAGCCUUGGCAGGCGGGCACGGAGGAGGCCGUGGUGUUGCAUGAUCAGCGGUAAACAGCAUAGAGGACCAGCCGAGUUCCCUGCACCUGCCUGCCUCUGCUCCACUGGGAUUUCUCUUCCUUCCAGGUCCUCUCUUUCCUGGCAGUUCCCCUCCCAUCUGACCCCACUGCUGAGAUGAGUGGCCUUCUCUCUGAAAGGGACCCCUAUUAUUUCUUUUUUGUGCUUGUUGGUAUUUUUGGUAUUCCCUGCCUAAGUCCCACCUUCCCUACAGCCUGCCUUUCUUGUCUGGAAAGGCUGGUACCAUGGGCUAUAGCCUCCCAGGAAGAUGGACACCCUCACCCCCUCCACCGUAAGGCUCAGUCCUGAGUCUGUGGCUCCUGCCUGGCCUCCUUCCCAUUGUCAGGUUUCCCCACACCCUGGCAGCCAGGCCCGAAGACUGAACCUGUACAAGGGCCUAGCCCCCCCGCUCUCCCAGGGAUGCUGACAAUCAUACCACGCACGAUCUAAGUUUCCCAUUCUCUUAAGUUGGAGAAGGGGAGCAGCUAGGUGGGCCUCAGAGACUAGGGCUGAUUAGGAAAGAAUCACCGGGUUAAGUUUUCCUGGGGAGACACUCCUGCCCCAGGACAAUGAAAGCCUAUCUUGGAAGUGGCAGAGCCCCGGGUGUUGAAUGCUUUUUGUCCCUGGAACCAGCUUCUCGGUAAUUGCAGUUCCUCCACCUCUGACCCAGGCCUACCAGAAUUCAGCGUCGUUGACAAUGCGUGGUCAUUGCCCCAGCCAGCGCCCACCCAGCCCAUCGCAGGCUCGGCUACAUUUGAGUCCCAUCUUUGAGGUCUCACCCCUCCUGGCCCAGCCUAUUUCCUCUCGCUCUCAGAGGCCUGAAAUGAAAAGGACUUAAGCACUUCUCCCGCCCCCAUCGCCUCCCAGCUCCCGCAUCCCACACCGUGGGUGCUCCUGCGGGUGGACCGGUUGCGAAGGUUUGGCUUAAUUGUAUUUGUUCCAAUCCUCAAAGAGCUGGUGUUUUGAGCCUUUGUAUAUGAAGCAGAAAGCAGCAGGUCUGAUCCGCGGCUUAAGAACCUGACAAUGUCUCUUUAAAUAGAAGCUCCGCGAGGGGGAUAAUUGACUUGAAGUGUUUGCCACGUUAAACGGCGGCGCGCGGGAGUCGGAAGCCCACACGAGCCGCAGGCCCGGGUUUAAAUUACAUCAGACUCCGGCGAGAGCCGGGAGGGGGCUGUUAAAAGGCUCCUGCCUCUCGCUGGGCUGUUAAUGGAGGGCAGGGCGGAUGAUGGAUGCUAGAAGUCGAGACCAAGGACCCCUGCUUCUGCUCCAACGCGUGGGACGCAGGCCCGGCCCCGCUCCAUUGCUGGGCAGAUUAGUGAGUCAGAGGCAACCGCAGAGAGGAGGCUAAAAGCCCCUUCCCUGCGGCCCGGUCCUCGUUCUGUUCCCUCCCUCACCGCCUAGGCGGGUCUGGCGAAUCGCGAGCUCUAGGACCCUGCGGGAGCGCUAGCACUUGUAUCUGUGCACCGCCCGUCAGGUAGAGGCGCGUGGGGGCUCUUUCUGUGAACCCCGAAGGUUGAACGUGCACCCCCUUUUUUACUAGCAGAGGGGUCUUUACAGACGUCGAUCUGCUCGUCUUUGCAGAACGGAAGGUUUCUCACCAGUAACUCUAAGGGAGCUGCCCAAGGAGAGAAUGACCUGUGCUGAGAAAUUGGGCCUGGGGGUGAGGAGCGGGUCAUGUGGGGUAGCUGUCAGAUAACUCCCCAAUCCUUCCACCUUUCCAGGCCCGUGAGGCCGCCAGGGCCCUACACUGGACGCGAUCUCUGGUGCCCCCUGGUGGCAGCACUGCGCUCUCUUCGCUGCGCCCUAGCUCGGAGUUUGGACUUCCAAGUUUUAUUUGGGAUCGCCGCCGUCUACUUCUCCCUCCGUGUGCAUUUACCCAUGGAAUCCUCAAACUCUUGUAGUAUAUUAAAUCCUUAUACUUGAAGUCAUUUCACAGCAAUGCAGUGAGGGACAAUGAACAAACACUUCGCAUUUGGAGUAGCGGGAACCCAGACCCAUCAUUAAAGACCCCAAGAUCUUCCAAGUUAAGGUUCUGUGUCCUGAGUGGUCCUGCUGUCUUCUGAAAAACUGGAGCCCCCAAACCCUCCCUUACAACCGCUGAACCUGGGGACCUACCGAUUAUGCACUGUUGUGUGUUUUUUUUCUGACGAGCUUUGCUUUUGUUGGGGGGCAUUUUGCCCUUUCCUCACUUCUUUCUUCUCAAACAUCUGCUGGGAUUCCCUUCGUUCCGCUGUCUGGGUGGUGGGUAAACAAUACAGAAGCUCCUGAAAAGCUAGACGGAGAGGGUCUGGGGAGAGAUGGGGGUAAUUGGACACCCCAAGUGCAAAUUCCUUUUUUUCUGAUCCUUGCUUGCUCACUUAUUCCAACUGUGUUUAAUUUUCAUGAAAUUUCUAAUGGCGUAAGAAUACAAGCAUUUUGGCUUCAAAACACCAUGAGGUCUGGGUUGCACAUUGUGUGGAAGGUGCUGUAUCUUUCAAGUGUCACUGACGGGACUUUGGUUGAAUGUCACCUUGCGCCCUCUUUAUUGGGUGAGCAGCCAUGAGGGUUGCUCUCCCUGGAUUUGCCCAGGGCUGGGUGGUUGAAAGUGAUAUUUCUGAAAAACAGCCGAUUGUUCCUGCCUGAACUGAAUUGUGUGUCCGAAUGGCUUGCUGUUCUUACAGAUUUCUUACCAGGCCCAGCUCCGUGCAGAACUUAAACGUUUCACCACAUUCGCUUUCCUGAACUUCCACUCAUUGUCAGCCCCAAGGACGUUGGGGCUGGGGUCCUCUCUAGCUCUCUCCACUUUAGAAGAGCCUUUUAAACAUUUUGCUUUUCCAGUCCUCGUUGCUUUUGUCAUUGCGAAGUGUUACCCAUGCCACUGGAGUCUGGUCUUCUAAGAUCAAACUCAGAACUGGUCUGUGCGAGGCUGACUGAUGUGUGCACAUGCUUUUGGGGUGACACUGUGUGGGGAAAGGACUAUUAGAACUCAAAAGAAUAAUAAAUCCAGUAUUGUUCAGUUUCAAGAA